CACAAUGACUACCGUUCAGGAGUCAGCUAUAGACUCUCGUAACCAUUCCUGGAAGACCCCCUCUCCGCAAAUCACCAUCUGAGGGAUUCGGCCAUGAACGAUCUAGUAGUGCUCCUGGAACCAACUGGCGAACUGGUCCGUUUGGCGAUGCUCUUGUCUCCUGCGUUACUGGCCCCUCAUAUAUGCAGCUCGAAAAGUCCUUCCCUAUGGUGCCCUCGGAACCUUCGAAAUCGGAACUCCUUCUCCCAUCGUCGGGUGGGAAGCCUCUGUCCCCUAUACUCAGUCCUAGCGUAUUACCCCGACCAGUCUUGAAAGUUGAAACCCAACCAACAUUGCUAGAAGCCAUAGAUAUCCCCCCUGAGGUUCCCCCAAAAUCGCCCUUCGUCGAGAGAAGAGGAUCCCCAGCGCCGAAGCUUCCAUCAAAGUCCAGCAAAGCACAAUUAACCACCCCAGUCACAGUCACGCCUAUUGCAGUCUCACCGAGUAGUGCACUUGGAGGUCGCCGCUCGCCAAAUGCCCUGCAUGCUACUGCGAUCUCAGCACCAACAAGCGCUAUAACACCAUUGAACGCUGUUGAACGCAGAGUUUCUCCAAAGGCGGAGGCUAGGCCGGAGAGGCCUAACAUUCACGCUAGGAAUAAUUCUGACACAUCAAUACUUGAUCGGGGACGACCAGUCAAGAGGUCCAUCAAAAGACAACGCAGCCGGACCUGUUCUGAAAUAAAUGCCUCCGACACCAUAGCACCAGAUACAUGGAAGCUACCCAAGGGCAUGCGUGCCAUCGAUGCUUCUUCGCAGAUGAAUGAAGCUGAAAAGGAAGGAUUACGCUUGCAAGCAAUUGACCAGGCUGGGCAAUUCGAGGUCUUGAACAAGAAAGACGUGGCUUCGCUGUCAAGAGAGCUACGCGCACUGGACGAAAGGUGCGAAUACCUCCGUAAAACCUACAAGUCUCUUCGCGCAGGCCGCCAGAAGCUACACGGCAGGAUGAUUUCUUACCUCAAGCGAGGGGAGACUGUCAUCUUCUCCAGGGAGAAUCUGCUCAAACAAGAGGAGGCGCUAGCAGAGCUCGACGUCUCCAUUGACGAGUUCAUCCUCAAGCUCGAACAGGCAGAGAAUCGACGUUUGCGCCUUCGCCAGAAAUUACUGGAGCACGUUGCCGCCGCCCUGGUUCUCAACCCGCCCCCCUCGAAUAUCGCCGCAGAAAUAGCAGAAUCAACACCACCACGAAGCCCGGACAAGACUGAGAGCCCUACCCGGAUCGACAGGAAAGACGUGGAGUCGAUCAAGAUUUACGCCGAUGGUCAUGUACUCAAUCUGUUUUCCGACAUUGAAACGGCGAUCGGAAAGAUGUGCGAAGCAUGCUAGCGUCCUGCACAGGAUUAUGAGACAAGUGCCAAAAAGUACCUUCCUUACUCGUCACGGACAGCCAAUGGUGGUUGCGCCGCGUGUUUCCGAACGGCAUUGGAGAGAGGUGGCUUAUAUUAAUUGUUCUUUUUCAUGUGCAACCUCGGUCUGCUUUUGUGCCCCAACGGCGCCAUUCUGCUAUGUCUUUUCUACGGUCUUCAUUGUUCAACGGCUUGCGUACAAAACGAAGCGACGAGUGUGUACGCGCUCCAUUGGAUGUUUUUCACUUCUUCUUCUGACGAUACCCGGGCCGCCUCCAGCCAGCCUUCUGCAUUUGAAGCCCGUUCAGCAUGUUUCUCGGGGCGAGCUUGGGGAGUUGCACGGCGUUCCUGCAGGUGGUGGUGUCUCUAGUGUGCGCACGGUUUCAGGGUGUUGCUGGAGAAAAUGAGACGACGAUUGCAUACUUC